GCGCGCAGUGCAUUGUGGGUGAGAACAAGCGGAGCAAGUUCAGCGUUCCUAGCGAUGAAGCGGCUGUCCUGCUAGGAGCGGACGCGGAGACGUUUGAAUUAGCUUUAGCGGAAGAGAAAUGGAGGAGCCGUAGACUGUUAAGGAUGAAUUCAGGAAGGCCUGAGACCAUGGAAAACUUGCCUGCACUGUAUACUAUUUUUCAAGGAGAGGUUGCUAUGGUGACAGACUAUGGAGCUUUUAUCAAAAUCCCAGGCUGUCGGAAGCAAGGUCUGGUCCAUCGAACUCACAUGUCGUCUUGCCGAGUGGAUAAGCCUUCUGAGAUAGUAGAUGUUGGAGACAAAGUGUGGGUGAAGCUUAUUGGCCGAGAGAUGAAAAAUGAUAGAAUAAAAGUGUCCCUCUCCAUGAAAGUUGUCAACCAAGGAACUGGGAAAGACCUCGAUCCCAACAACGUUAUCAUUGAGCAAGAAGAGAGACGCAGGCGGUCCUUCCAGGAUUACACUGGGCAGAAGAUCACCCUUGAGGCUGUCCUGAACACGACCUGCAAGAAGUGUGGCUGCAAAGGCCACUUUGCAAAGGACUGUUUCAUGCAGCCAGGUGGAACCAAGUAUUCUCUGAUCCCUGAAGAGGAAGAGGAAAAAGAGGAGGCAAAGGCAGAAGGACUUGAGAAGCCUGAUCCCACAAAGAAUUCUUCCAGGAAGAGAAAGAAGGAAAAGAAGAAAAAGAAGCAUAGAGACAGGAAGUCAUCUGACUGUGACAGCUCUGACUCUGAGAGUGACACGGGCAAGAAGGCAAGGCAUUCGUCAAAAGACAGCAAGGCUACCAAGAAGAAGAAGAAGAAGAAGAAGCACAAGAAGAAGCACAAGGAAUGAGGCUGGAGCAGGCCGCCGCGGCCCUGGCUCCCGCAAAGACUCUCAUGACGGCGUGGCCUCCUUCCUACCCCACUGACUUUGUCCCCGUGGUCUCAGAUGGCUUUUCCUCAUGCAGCACGCAGACUGGGGUGCCACAAGGCCCCCAACACGUUUUCCCUUGUUGCUCCUGAACCUUUGCAAGCAACCCCUGCAGCCAUCGCAGUCACACACUCCAUUUCUUCAUUCAGUAGAAAGUUCUAGUCCCACCCAGCUGCCACUGCCUGAGCUGGAUUCCUCUGCAGGAGUCCAUGCUACAGCCACAGGUGCUGCUGUGGAGGUGAGCCUGGCUGUGGCAGAGCAGCCCCGACCUGCCUGCUAUCUGGGGCAGCUUCGGGUGACUCCUUCCCUCAGCCAGGGCCUGUACCCCAGUGACUGCUGAACCAGAGCUCCAAAGCCAAGGUCAUUGUUCUGCUUUCUGUCUGUCAUGGUGUGGGUGACUGGUUCCAUUUCAGACCUCUGCUUAAAUUCCUGGCAUAAAUGGAAAUGUGUUUGGUUUUAAA